CGUGAUAUCUGGUUAGUGGGUUAUGUCUUACGUGGUCCAAUGGAGGAAGACGUGACAUUUUGCUGCACUGCAAUUGGUCCGAAGGGGAUUGAGGAGAGAGGGGAGACAAGGAAAAGUGAUGCUUGAUCGGUUACCUGGGUAAGGCCAAGGGGCCCUCACUGGGACAAACGUCACAACCCAAUAUCAAACAUUCACCACAAAUCUCUUUCAUCAUUUGAUCAGUUCCAUUUUUUCCUCCUGGAAGCUGGAGCACUGAUAUAAGUGGAGAUGCCGGAGAAACCCAUUUCGCCAUCCAUCAUCCUCUCCCACCAGGGAAUCUGAACUUGUUUUCUUUCCUGGGUUCUUCUAGUUUUCUUAUCAUUUUUUUUUUUCUGUAGCUCUCUCCAGUCUCCACUUCAGCUGUUGCUCUUUGUCAAUCUCCAAUGGCUCUCUCAUCCUUUUCCUUCCCUUGUCAUUUACCCAGAGAGGUAGCUUCUUCAGAUUCCCUCAAGCCCAGCUUACUCUCUUCUCAUCCUUUUCGUGGAGCAGAUCUUCCACACCAAUUUCAGCAAAGACACAUUCAGGUCCGGAGAAGGUCAGGUGGUGUUUCGGCAUCACUAUCAGAAAGGGCGGAGUAUUACUCACAGAGACCACCAACUCCGCUGCUGGACACCAUUAACUACCCGAUACAUAUGAAAAACCUCUCCAUCAAGGAGCUGAAACAACUUUCAGAUGAGCUAAGGUCCGAUAUCAUAUUCAACGUUUCUAAAACCGGUGGUCACCUUGGUUCAAGCCUUGGCGUCGUGGAACUUACUGUGGCUCUCCAUUAUGUAUUCAAUUGCCCUCAAGACAAGAUUCUAUGGGACGUCGGUCAUCAGUCCUACCCACACAAAAUCCUCACAGGGAGAAGAGAUAAGAUGCCAACCUUGAGACAGACAAACGGGUUGUCUGGAUUCACUAAACGCUCUGAGAGUGAUUAUGAUUGUUUUGGCACCGGUCACAGUUCUACUAGUAUCUCGGCAGCUCUGGGAAUGGCUGUUGGGAGAGACCUGAAAGGAAGAAAGAACCAUGUGGUUGCUGUAAUAGGUGAUGGUGCCAUGACUGCAGGGCAAGCCUAUGAAGCCAUGAACAAUGCUGGGUACCUAGACUCAGACAUGAUUGUUAUCCUUAAUGACAACAAACAAGUUUCGUUGCCCACUGCUACUCUUGAUGGGCCCAUACCACCUGUAGGAGCUUUGAGCAGUGCUCUUAGUAAGUUGCAGUCCAGCAGGCCUCUCAGAGAACUAAGGGAGGUUGCUAAGGGAGUUACGAAACAAAUUGGUGGGCCUAUGCAUGAACUGGCUGCAAAGGUUGAUGAGUAUGCCCGUGGGAUGAUCAGUGGAUCUGGUUCAACACUCUUUGAAGAGCUUGGUCUCUAUUACAUCGGUCCUGUUGAUGGUCACAACAUCGAUGAUCUUGUGUCCAUUCUCAAAGAGGUCAAGAGUACCCAUACAACUGGCCCAGUCCUCAUCCAUGUUGUGACUGAGAAAGGCCGGGGAUACCCAUAUGCAGAGAGAGCUGCAGACAAGUAUCAUGGUGUAACCAAGUUUGAUCCAGCUACUGGAAAACAAUUCAAAUCUAGUGUCCCUACUCAAUCUUAUACCACAUAUUUUGCGGAGGCCUUGACAGCAGAAGCAGAGGCAGACAAAGAUAUUGUUGCCAUCCAUGCUGCAAUGGGUGGAGGGACUGGCCUGAAUCUCUUCCAACGCCGUUUUCCAACACGGUGCUUUGAUGUUGGAAUUGCAGAGCAGCAUGCUGUUACGUUCGCUGCAGGACUGACUUGUGAAGGUCUUAAACCUUUCUGUGCUAUAUACUCAUCCUUCUUGCAGAGGGCAUAUGAUCAGGUGAUACAUGAUGUAGAUCUGCAGAAACUACCAGUGCGGUUUGCAUUGGACAGAGCUGGGCUGGUGGGAGCUGAUGGGCCAACACAUUCUGGGUCAUUUGAUGUUACCUAUAUGGCAUGCCUUCCGAACAUGGUUGUCAUGGCUCCUUCAGAUGAGGCAGAACUUUUUCAUAUGGUUGCUACUGCUGCUGCCAUCAAUGAUCGACCUAGUUGUUUCCGAUACCCUAGAGGGAAUGGGAUUGGUGUUCAGCUGCCACCAGGAAACAAAGGCAUCCCACUGGAAGUUGGAAAGGGUCGCAUUUUGAUUGAGGGUGAAAGAGUGGCACUCCUGGGUUAUGGAACAGCAGUGCAAGGCUGUUUGGCUGCAGUGUCUUUAGUGGAGCGCCAUGGUUUGCGGUUGACAGUUGCAGAUGCACGCUUCUGCAAGCCACUUGAUCGGUCCCUUAUUCGCAGUCUAGCAAAAUCACAUGAUGUCCUAAUCACAGUUGAAGAAGGAUCAAUUGGGGGCUUUGGGUCUCAUGUGGCUCAGUUCUUGGCCCUUGAUGGCCUUCUUGAUGGAACAGUAAAGUGGAGACCAUUGGUUCUUCCAGAUAGGUACAUUGACCAUGGAUCCCCAGCAGAUCAGAUGGCUGAAGCUGGCAUGACACCAUCUCACAUUGCUGCAACUGUGUUCAACAUACUUGGACAAAAGAGGGAGGCCCUAGAGAUCAUGUCAUAAAAAGGGAUAAAUAAAGAAGGGAUUGGAGACCCUCCCCAAAAUGUGAAGUACAAAUAGUUUUUCUCGAGAGAUCUUGUAUUCUGUAGAAAGCACUACUAACAAUAAAGAGACAGAACAAAUGAAUUUGGAAAAGCUCAGACGCAACUUUCCAACAGAAUCUAAUUCAUGGUUCGCAUCAUCAAUGCGCUUGCGGAUCUUAUAGCUUUGUUCUAUUGGGUAUAGAUUUUGGUGUCUGAUGGGAAAAAAGAAAGAAUUAUCAAUAAAAUUGAAGCCUUGAAUCAAGGGUCAAUACAAAAAUUCAGAUCAUAUUGGAUUAUGAUUACACCAACAAAACUAGUAUCGGCCACUUUAAUGGCAUAUGUGGUGCUAGAAGUAGCACGAUGCAGAUUGCUUCAUUGAGCUGAAUUUUAUGAAGUAUGGUAACAUAUUUGUUCAAGUUCACCCUGCGAAAUCAGCUGAGUUCUAUGCCAUCAACAACAACAAAGCUGGAAGGACAAAUGUUUCAGGUGCUGUGCGAUAAUCUUUCAGUCAUCAGGUCAGUGCAAGGAAAAAAAUCAUCUUGUUCGUGGUCGAGUCAACCAGUUCUUCAUGAUGCCUGGAUGUUGCGUUGCUGUUUACCUCUAUAAGCUUUUCUUAUACUAGUCGUAUUGGUUACUUUGUAUCGGGGAACUACAUCUCCUUUACGAUGGAAAGUGUCCCCCCCAAGCCAUCUGUACUAAUUCCCAUCUUUAAUGAAUAAUAAAAAAGGAAGAAGGAUUGGCCAUUGAUUCAUUA